AUGUCUGGCUUUCAGAUCCCAGGCUUGGGACAGGCGAAGCCUAACGAAACCCUCCCUCCUCUGCCUGCAGAUUUUCUUGCCGCCGCCUCGAGUGCCGGGGCAGCAGAGACUCCAUCCGCAUCAGUCACCGAGACCAACGCCGACGUACCCGCCUUCGCAAAUACCGAUAACCCUCAACCCUCAGAUCCUAUGAAUGUUGAUGCAGCUCCAAGCCCGCCAUCUCUGACAGGCGCUCUCGAAGCGGCCAUUGGGGGGCUUGGCAACCAGCACCCUGAUGCGCCAGAGCAGGGUCCGCCGCCAACCGUCGACGUCCCUCUUGCAAACGAUCAAGGCGAAAACGCCGAAUGGGAAAUGGAUUCUUCGCCGUACGAAUCCUCGUCGGAGUCUAGCAGCUCCGACUCUUCGUCGGACGAGUCGGAUAAGGAGGGCUACGAGCUCUUGGGGAUCGAGGAAACAGCUCGUCUCCUCAUGGACGCCGAAGGCGGCUCGGACGACGAAGGCGACCGUGGCAAAGGCUCGACCACAGCUCCCCUCCGGACGAAGAACGAGAUGGCUCAACAAGUUCCCCCAAAGCCGGAUGUCGUCAUUACCGACGACAUGAAGAUUGAAGAGUUGGGUUCGGUCGAGAAUGUCGUCGACAAUAUCGUGCUCGUAAAGGCAAUCACACCUGGCGAGUAUCAGGUCCUGGACAGCGGUUCGGUCCUCUGCACUACCGAACGAGUCGUCAUCGGAGCCGUUGCCGAAACGAUUGGCAAGGUGCUGCAACCCAUGUACACGGUCCACUUCAACUCGGCGGAGGAAAUCAAGGAGGUCGGGCUCGAGGUCGGCGUCAAAAUAUUCUACCCCGUCGAUCACGCACUAUAUGUUUUCACGGAGCCGCUGAAAAAUCUCAAAGGCUCGGAUGCCAGCAACCUCCAUGACGAGGAAGUCGGCGACGAAGAAAUGGAGUUUUCAGACGACGAAAAGGAAGCAGAGUACAAGAGAGCUCUGAAGCAGAAGAAGAAGGACAAGUGGAAGAGCAAAAACGAGGGCAAAUCGGGACACGACAGUAAAGAGCCUCAUCCGCUGAGCCGCGAGAUUGUUUCUGCCAACGGCGGACUAAACUAUGACGAUGACGAUGGUCCGUACAAGCCUCUUGCCCGGCCGCCUGGUUUCGGAAGUGGACCGGUAUCUACCGAGUCAUUCGAACCGGGACCAUGGCCUGGAUUCAGACGCGGCGGUGGUGGCGGCGGUCGGGGCGGCGGCGGUCGGGGCGGCGACGGGAGAGGAAGAAGCGGUCGAGGAAGAGGGCCUGGUGGUCGACAUGAAGGCAAGCGGGGUGGACAUGGAAGCCAGGCAAGGGACGGAUACUCUCUACCGCCUCAGAAGAAGCAACCGUACUCGAAUAUACCUGCCCAAGCACAUGCGCCGCAAGCAGUUGCGCCGCUACCACCGCCGGCCGCGUCUAAUUUCGAAUUCCAACCUGCGCAGUGGUCACAGCCUUCAGGUGGCCAUGGACAGCAACACCAACAACAACACGCUCCCCUGCAUCAGCCACCUCCGCCGCCUCCCGGCUGGCCAGGGCAACCCGGUGCUCCCAACCCAUUUGCCGACCCUGCCUUUGUGGCAGCCUUGAUGAGCCAGAUGCAGCAGCAGCAGCAGCAGCAACAGCAGCAACAGCAGCAACAGCAGCAACAGCAGCAACAGCAGCAACAGCAGCAACCAUACAAUGGCCCGUCGUCAGCUUGGGGCAAUCAACAACGACAUCAACAACAAUAA